AAUUGCCUCUAGCUUUACCCGGCUUAGGCGGCAACUUUAGUGCCCGGGAAGCGACAAUGGCCCCGCGAGCUUGGGAGAUUCAUCACUGUCCGGGUCUCACAUGGCUCCCCAAAUUGCCCACUUUUAGGCCCUUGGUAGACCGACCACCUUGCUGACCGCGGGCAUAGUACCUAUGGUAGACACCUCUAUCGAUGGUUGACUGCGUUUAUGUACUAAAUUCAAUCUUGUGGCCCCUAUCCACGAGAUGGCCUUCAAGUCCUCCCCACCAGCCGGCACCGUCUUUUGCAUAGCCACUAUCAAAGUCCCCUUCCAUUGAAAACAAACCCCCUGUCCCGGACCUUUAUCCGCCCUUCGGCCUCGGCACCAUUUGGAACCGCUUAUUGAUCUGCUUCACGAUAUUAAAAUCUCCCUGCUGGACGUUGUCUCUACUGCAGCAGUUAUACGAAUACCUCUGUUCUGAAAGAUAAAACCCCUUGGCUCAAAAGACCUCAUCAUGGCGACGGAAAAGUACUACAUUAGAGACGCAAUCACCAAACCUGCGGUCCAUCACGAAUCAUACCAGAAACUAUGGGAAACAAAAUGGAAGAAGCCGUGCGAGAUGGGUGUCUACCCGUUCAUGUUCGGCAGCAUCAAGGACUUUGAACCCGUGGCGCAGGAGAUUAUUAAGAAAGGCUUAAAAGAACCUUACGACUGGGACGAAUAUGCGCAGAUGUACUUCCCCAAAGCCGAGGAACUCGCGAAGAUCGCCGAAGAGGCGGAGGCUGCAGGCGAGAAAGAGAAGGCUUCGGAAUACUACCUCCGCAGCAGUGCCGUCUACCGCAUCUCUCGAUUCCCUACCCCUCGCUCAGAGAAGCAGAAAUAUGCAUGGCGUAAGGGCUGCGAAGUGUUCUACAAGGGGGCAGCGUUGAUGGAGUAUCCCAUCAAAGAAGUUCGAAUUCCUCACAAGCAUGGCAUCGAGGGCGAGGGCGACGUCGUCCCGGUCAAUUUCCUCCUCCCGCCGAAUGCUUCCGAAACGAGCCCCGUCCCAUGUGUCCUGAUCAUCACCGGCUUGGACGGAUACCGCACCGAGCUUGCUGUCUGGCAACAAGGUUGGCGCAGCAAAGGUGUAGCGACGGUAAUUGCAGAGAUUCCCGGCACCGGUGAUUCUCCGGCUCUGAGACAAGAUCCCACGAGUCCCGACCGACAAUGGUCUAGUGUGUUGGAUUGGAUUGAGUCCCAGAAAGCGGUCGACAGCAAGAAAAUCGUGGCCUGGGGCUUCUCGACGGGCGGUUACUACGCACUCCGAAUGGCUCACACGCACAAGGACAGAUUGCUGGCAACCAUCAGCUUAGGCGGUGGUGCCCAUCACAUGUUUGACCGCGAGUGGCUGGAACAUGCGAACAAGCUGGAAUAUCCUUUCGAUCUGUCCAACACAUUGGCCUACAAGUUUGGAUAUCCGGAUCUCGAAUCGUUCAUUGAAGAGAGUAGUAAGUUCUCGCUGCUGAACGACGGUACGCUGCAGAAGCCGUGUACCAAAGUCCUCCUGGUCAAUGGGAAUGACGACGAGAUCUUUCCCAUUGACGACAUGUUCGUGUCGCUGGAGAACGGGCAGCCGAAACUGGCCAGAAUGGUCAAGGGCAAGAAACAUAUGGGCGAGCCUGAAAGCUUCAGCAUCAUUCUGGAGUGGAUCCAUAAACUGCUGGGACUCGAUGGCAAGAUUAAGGAGCAACUGGCCAUGAUUCCCAGCCGGACUAAAUACUAGAGGCUACAAGAGACCGGUAGUACAGAUAAGGUACAGAGCAUGCAUUGCAGUGUACAGCUGAGCGUCGAGUGCAUAGCAGGCCUGGGGGUUGAUUUAGCAUCCAACACAGCGUCUCAGUAGGUUAUGUAUAAUAUGGGUCAAUGCUGUGCUACAUUCCAACUCUGACUACCGUGAAUCUGUUUGCAGAAAGGACCUCUCCGUCUCCGAUCCCGA